AUGGCAGCUUUCAACCUCACCCCCUCUGGCUCUUCAACAUUCAUUCUAACAGGCAUUAUUGGCCUGGAAACUGCCCACAUUUGGAUUUCCAUCCCAUUCUUUGUGUGCUACAUUAUUGGACUAAUGGGAAAUGUCAUGCUUCUGUUAGUUGUAGGCAAAGAGGAGACCUUGCACAAGCCGAUGUACCUGCUGCUCUGUAUGCUGGCACUCACCGACAUCGUCACUUCCUCGUCCAUCGUACCGAGGGCCCUGUGUAUAUUUUGGUUCAAUUUGAAAGGCAUUUCUGUGGAUGGCUGCCUCACCCAGAUGUUCUUUCUUCAUGCCGUGUCUGUGAUGCAGUCAGCCAUUCUUGUGACAAUGGCCUUUGAUCGCUACGUUGCCAUAUGUAUCCCUCUGAGAUACACCACCAUCCUCAGCAACUCCCGAAUAGCUAAGCUAGGGAUUGUAGGUUUGGUAAGAGCGAUUCUCUUCAUUCUGCCCCUACCCCUGCUCCUGAACAGGCUGCCGUUCUGUGACAACCACAUUAUCCCCCACAUAUAUUGCGACCACAUGGCUGUGGCGAAGCUGUCCUGUGGGGACAUCACAUUCAACAAGACGUACGGCUUGGUGAUAGCAUUUGUAGUUAUUGGGUUAGAUCUGAUGCUCGUCGUCCUGUCCUACGGUCUGAUCAUCAGGGCCAUCCUCAGACUCUCCUCUAGAAAUGCCUACCAGAAAGCCGUCAACACCUGCACAACUCACUUGUGUGUGAUGCUGAUGUCCUGUGUUCUCUUGCUCUUCUCCUCAAUGACACAUCGGUUUGGUCAGAAUACAGCUCCGCACAUCCACAUCAUCCUGGCCACCCUCUACUUCCUUGUUCCCCCCAUGUUCAACCCAAUAAUUUAUGGGGUCAAAACCAAAGAGCUUCGUGACAAAGUGGGCAAAUACAUGUGUAGAGGGUGA